AUGAAGAUUAUCAAACAGACUGUCCAGAUCAGCAGCUGCUAUCAAAUCCUGAGUGGUACCUCACCAUCUCAACCUUUUCUGAUUGAACACUGCUGUUUAAUGACACCCGGAAAUGAGUGGGAUAUGGAGGUCAAAUGUCGCCCCAUAUCGCAUGGAGCCCAAUGUGUGUCCAAUCAGAGAAACAACUGGAGAAGCCUGAUGGUGGUUUACCCCGAAGCUAAAGUCCAGCUAAAACACAAUGACAUUGAAGUCACUCUGCCAUCCCUGCAGGAGGACGUCGAGAUCGCUGCGUUCGGAAGACCAGGAAAAGAUGACAAGAAAAGAAUGCAAAUGGCGAUCUUUGCUAAACGACCAAAACAAGGAAGAGACUGGAAGAUUUGGGUUUAUCUUGUAGAUGAUACAAGUCCAGCCUUUGAGGUACAGGGUACUAAUAUGAUUGUUUAUUUUGUUUUGUUUGUUUGUUUGUUUAAAAUGUUACCACCAUAGUUUCUUUACCAUGGUUUUAUUUCAUUUUAAUUUUAUAAUCAUUUUUUUGUCACGACUUUAUCACCUUACCAUUGAUCAACCCCCUACCUCCCCCUCCCCUCCUGCCCCGCUCUAGAUAUUAGCCUCUCUUGAGGACGGCGACGGCGCUAGAGAGCUUUAUUACCACCAACCCUUGAAAUGCAAAACAAUAAAGCCAAAAGCACAAUUUAUUAACACUGACACUGUUACGAAAACUGAUUUCUACAUGUUAUUUCUCUUUCUUGUGUAACCAGAAAAUGUUUCAGGAUGAAGACGAAAAAGGAAACAAACUACUCACACCACUUGCUGGAAUAUUUGUGUCUAAAAGCGAUGAAGACAUCAAAAUUGAACUCAGUAAACUGGAGCCNCACAGAGUCUAA